GGCCCGGUUGAGCGCAGACCCCGGGGGCAGGUGGAAGGCCCACUCCCCACGCCGCCGGGGUGGGGAGAGACGUUGGGGGCGGGGAAGGGGCCGCCUCCCCCGGGUGAAUGGGGACGGGGCGGGCGUAGAGGCCCGAAUUCAGUACGAGGACGCCGGCGGCCGCUCCUCGGCCCGGGCCGGAGGCCGUGUGCUGGGGCGAGCGUCCUUGCUGGGACGGAAGGCCGCGUUGGGUUCGCUUCCUUCCCAGCCCUGGUUCCCGGAGUCGAUUGUGAGGAGGCAGACGAGUACGGCCCGGCCCGGUCCCGACCUAACGCUGCAGAACGUGGACGCCGCGCACCAUCGCCCGUGGCGGCGAUUUUUUGAGACACACGGCGCGAUGUCUGAUCAAGAGCGCAUCCAGGAAUGCCUGCGGAAAGAAAUAAGGUCCCUCCUCAUUUCCGCCAAAGAUGGCUUGACCCCGCAGCAGUUGGAAAAGGAGUACCUUCUGAUGGUUGGGAGCCAUUUACCGCUCCGGAUCCUUGGGUAUCGGUCCACCAUGGAGUUGGUGCUGGACAUGCCUGAUGUUGUCAGUAUCUGCCCCGGUGGGGAUGGAACUGUCAUACUGAAAGCCAUUCCAGAUGAAUCCACCAAAGGAAUAGCAAGUUUAGUUGCAAAACAGAGGAGCAGUCAUAAGGUUCGGAGCUCCAUGCAGAAGGGAAGGACCGGUGUUUGCUUGGGGCCAAGCUUUCAUCGGCAAGUACCUUACCGAGGAAGGGUGCCCCCUAUUCUUCCAGCUGUCGUGAAGAGUGAGUUGAAGGACCUCCUGGCGUUAUCUCCUGUUCUCCUUUCUGAUUUUGACAAGGCAUUUGCCAAGCGAUUCGGACGCUCAUUCCAGUACAUGCAGUAUGGGUUCCUGUCUAUGUUUGAAGUGCUGAAUGCCGCUUCGGAUGUCAUUUCUGUAGAGCAGACCAGAGCAGGCUCCUUGCUGAUGCUAAAGAAGAGCACGUCAGAGGAAAAGCCGAGAGGGUGGCCAGUGGAAGGUAAAAUUUUCACCCAGCCUUUCAGGAUGAAACAAGAAGGGUCAACCCCCCCAGGCUUCCCAGGAGCAAAGGCACGCUUUUCCCGACCCAGUGUAAACAUGGAACCAGCGAAGCAAGUGCUGAACGUGAGGAAGACUCCUGAGGCCAGUGGCGCGGAGAUGUCGAGGCUGAAUGACACAGAAAAACUAAACCAGUUGGAGAACACCUUCAAAUCAGUUAUUGCACAGAUUGGACCUGGUGGCACUAUCAAUCCAGAACUAAAACAUAAGAUAAAAUUUGUUGUGUCCAAGUUUCCAGAGGGAUUGCUUAUUUCUAAACUGCUUAGAGAGUUUGAGGUAGUUUUUAAAGAGCAACUUUCACCAAAAAAACUGGGCUUCCUAAAUGUGAUAGAGCUCGUUGGGGCUCUUAGUGACAUUCUCUACGUGGAGUUCAGGGAAGCAGAGCAGGACUUACUGCUGUUCGAUGCCGAUCUGAGGCCUCUGCCACGGGAUGGAGCGGUUUCUUCAGUGAGAAAUACAUGUUUAGUUCAGUCAGAUAAGAAAAUAGAAGCCAAAGCCUGUGUCUCUAGUCCCCCUAGAAAUGCAUCAUCGUCUGCUGCUGCUCAGAGGGAGAACACGUGGGCCUGGUCCUUUAAACAUCACAAAGAGCCGGAACAGAAGAGUUACAAGAAGCCUAACCUGGUGGUGAAGCCUUUACAGCUGCAACUAGAAAUGGACAAAUCACAGCUCAACAUGGCAGCGGCCAGUCACGACAUCCCACCAGAUUCUGUGCGGGACAGGAAGUUGUGCAGACUGCCACCGUUAGAUACCAGCACCCUGGUGGGAGUCUUCGUGGAGUACGUCAUCUCUCCCAGUCAGUUCUACAUCCGCAUCUACAGCAGGGACUCGUCGGAGUUACUUGAGGACAUGAUGAUUGAAAUGCGGCGCUGCUACUCUAACCAGCUGGUGUCCGACCGCUACGUCAUGCCAGAGCACUUCAUCCGCCCCGGGCACCUCUGUUGUGUGAGGAUCUCUGAGGACAAGUGGUGGUAUCGGGUCGUUAUCCAUCGCGUCCUCGGGAAGCAGGAAGUGGAAGUGUUCUACCCCGACUUCGGCAACAUUGGAACUGUCCAGAAGUCCUCCCUGAGGUUCCUCAAGUGCUGCUACACAAAGCUUCCAGCUCAGGCUAUCCCUUGCUCUUUGGCUUGGGUGAGACCAACAGAGGGAUAUUGGACGUCCACCGCUGUUCUGCAGUUCCAGAAGUUGUGUGGUUUGAAGCCGUUGGUGGGGGUCGUGGACGAAUACAUCGAUGGGAUCCUGAACAUCUUCCUGUGCGACACGUCCUCAAACGAAGACGUCUAUUUCCACCAUGUCCUGAGAGCAGAGGGCCAUGCUAUUGUGUGCCGAGAAAACGUCCCUUCUAAGGGUUUCAGCGAACUCAACCCUUUGGCUUUGUACACGAAGUCCAGCGGGGGGCCGGAGGAUGCAGUCUUGACAGAACGGGUCUGCCCUUCCCAGCACCACUACUUUAAGGAAGUCCAGGAGAUAAGUCCGCAGUCAAAAGAGAGCGAUUUAUACACUCUGGAUAUUAAUGAUGAAAAGGCUGUCAUUGACCUUAAGUAUGAGUCAGAGAAGCCAUUAAAGGACUCGGAAUUCAGCUCUUUGAAAGCCCAAGAUAAGAGCUGGAAGGAAGGUGCCAAGCGCUCCGUCCCAGAGCUAAAGGGUCUGAAGGGAGAGACUGAGGACGAGAUCCCCACCGGAAUGCCGUGCUUGGAGUCGGUGACCAUAGGCGAUGAUGUCUGGGAUGAGAACUGGCUGCCCGUGCACGCUAAAAUGGGACCAGGAGGUGACGCUGCCCCCCACUUACUUACCUCCAGCCGCGGUGGAGAGAAGCCAUACCGGUCACGUGAAGAAACGCCAGAGAAGGAUUGGUGUUUUUCUACACAAGAUGUAUGGGAUGAUUCAUGUCAGCCUUUAGGCCUUGAGAAUGGAACGCAAGUCAAAGUCCAAGAGCCGGAAGGACGGGGUGCUCAGGAAAAAAGUGCCGGGGCGCCCAGGGUUCCAAAGCAGUCACACUUGGAAGGUUCUUCCGAUCCCUCCGCGUUGCCCGAGCUGGAGGAGUUCUACGUGUCUCUCGUCCAGUCCCAGCAGCCGGCCGCCGCCGGGAGCCAGGGCGAGCCUCCCGGGGCCCAGAGGCAGCCGGGGCCGGUUCCGCGCUCCGCAGCGGCCCUGGAUGCAGCUCCCCCCGCGGUCGGUCCCCCAGAAAGGCGCUCCGGUUCAGUGGAAAGCUCCCCCGAGAGCCUGAAGAACGAAGACCUCUCUAGCAGCCACGCCCUCACGGUGUUCACGGAUAAGAGCCGUGGAGCCAUGGACCAGCUCUCUCUGAUUUUGUCUCCCGAGCACCAGAUUCCUCAGAGGUUCUACAUCCCUCGCAGCACGGCCACGGCCGCCUUAGGGGCGGCUGCCCGCCUGGCCACGUCCAGGAGCUUCCUGCACUGGUACCCCAGCGUGAAGGGGAUGGAGGCCUGAGGGCGGGAAGCGGGGGCCUUCUCUCGCUGUGUGGCUGUGUGUCACCUUUGUUGUGCAAGUGCUGGGUUUUCUUGUUCAUCUAAACUUUUUAUUGACAGUGAUUCUUAUUCUGUAUAGUUUUGUUCACCUUUAAUGUAGUUAACAGAGCUCUUUUUGUUUUUUAUGUUGCUAUACAUGUUUGUCUUGUGCCUAUCAUGACUGAUAAAUGAGAACUUAAAAAACCUAUGUUUUGUGAUCCAUACUGAGUAAGAUAAAAAUGACCUCAUAUCCCUAUUUCCAGAAAAAGGAUGUCUGAAUUUUUAAAGCUGCGUUUUCUAUUUGAGAUCUUGUAUCUCAGAGAAAGAAUUCAGGGCUUGAAUUCUCACCAUGAUUAUUUCUUGGAAGUUCUGGGAUCAGCCAGGAAAUCUACACCUGAAGUUUUGGGCAUAUACAUACUUUUACAGUAAAAAUAAUAAAGCUGUCUCUCAGUAUCAGGCAAUUCCCGGGAGAAUUUUUAUUACUAAACAAAAUAGAGACGGGUUGUUGAAACCCAGCUGCGCCGUCUCUGCGGUCCUCACCGGUCCCGGGAGCCUUCGCGCAGCCGCAGUUCGGCCGCACGUGUAAGCGUUUCUGUAACGUCCUGUUCUCUGCAGUCCAGUUGGGUGACAUCUUAUGUGACAUUCUGUUCAGCUCAUGGUGCAAACCAUGUAGAGAAAAGAAAAACCUGCAAGGUGAAAUUAAACAAUGUAAGUGAUAUUAAUUUAUCUGUGGUAAAGUCCCAGACUUGCCCCCCAAAUUUAAAAACCUAACACAGAAGCGCUUCUUAGGCACAGAGGCGGAGAAGGAAGUGCAAAUUGCUGGCCGCCGCGUGUAACCAGGGCCUGGCCUUUCCUGCCGCUCUGCUGCGGCCGCCCGCUUCCGAGCUGAACGGGGGGCUGCCCCGAGCUCGUUCUCUCCUUCUACAGCGGGGAGUCUCGCUUCUUCCCUUCUCAACUACGUAACCAGCACAAUGUCCAUGAGGAAGGGAGCGAGAUGAGAGUGGCCAUCAGAGUGCAUUUAAAUUUCAAAUCUUACUGGUGAGACAUCUGUCUUAGAAGUAAUCAUGAAACAAAGUUAAACCCGGAGUCUAAAUACUGAUAGUUUUUGGUUUAAAACCCUUAGAGAAAACAUGUAAUGCAAUAAAAUUUAAAAAUCUAGAUUGACUUCUAAUUCCAAUUAUCUCUAAGAAUGAUGAUCUACCAACUGACCAAAAAAAAAAUGUAUCUAGAAACAUCACUGAUCGUUGACCCAAAAGAAAGGACAGGUUCUCAUUUGGAGUUUUUGGUGAUUUUAUAUCAGGUAUUUUUACUGGAGAGGACAUUGGAUGAGUUCCAUGGAGGGUCAAUAAACGGUCAAUUCUGACAGUUAAAUAGUGCAUGCGACACAGUGGACGAAGCUGGUAGAAGCAGUUUUAUAUAUUUAGCAGGUCAAGUUGUGAUCCGCCCGGUAAUAGCGCUCAGCUGCCCAUGGGCACUCUGCCGGUGUCCGGUCCCCUGACAGCGACGGAGUUCCCACCUUGCCAGUGAGAGGGCUUAUGGGAUCCCUGUGUGAGGCUCUGUCGUAGAGUCCUAGCCAUUUGCAAAAGGCCCGAUAGAGGAGACUCACUCAGGGAGUCAGACAGAGCCACCUCACGCUGAAUAUCUGUUAACACACUACUUAGUGAUUGAUAGUUAACCCCCCGUUUGAGUUAGCAGAGUAAGAACGGGCCUUUGGGAGAUGUGUGUGCAGUUGACCACCUGGCUGCGACUAGGAGAGCCGGCCUGCCCAUCUGUUUGCUCACCUUCCCCCCAAAGGCGGGCUUUGUGUGGUAGUUACAGCAUCAAACGAAUUCAGUAGGUUAUUUGAAAACGAGUGAUUAGAUCUUUGUAUAUGGGCUGGAACAGCAAAAAGAAAUGUUCAAAAGAUAGGUAGAUGCUGUGUGGUUUAGAGUUAAAUUACACUUUAUUCUUAGAAGAUGGGCCGACAUCUGCUGAACCUAGAACGCCCCCCUUCCUACACUUCCGGUGCUGAGACCCUGCUAGGAGUAACCGAGGUCCCCGGGAAGUGGUGGCUGGGAGCCGGAGCCUGAGGUGCGGCACAGGGAAGGGGGCUGAGAACACACAGGCAGUUCCUGGUUGUAAGCUCUCUUUUUUUUUUCAUUGUUUUAUUGUUGUUCAAGUACAGUUACUUGCAUUUACCCCCCCACC